AUGCGGCCUACUUCUCCGACACAAGUCUUUUGGCUUAUUGUGAUUAUUUUAUGUCAAGGGCUCUACCCAAUGCGCCAGAUGGGUACACGCCAGAAGCAGGUGAUUGUCCCUCUAAUAGGCCAGUCAUUAGAAGUGCGAAUGAGCUCUCGCAAAGCGAAGUCUCAUGGCUUACAAUACGACGCAACCAGACUAUUCAACAAAUGGGUCCUCUCCGAUGCUUCGGCAUACAUAAAUGGGAACGCCGACAACGUCCUGAAUUUGCCAAACAUAGCCAUUGCCGCAUCCGGAGGUGGCUAUAGAGCUAUGCUCAAUGGUGCUGGUGUUUUAGCUGCCUUUGACUCACGAACAGAAAAUGCAACGGGAGUCGGGAAACUUGGAGGCAUCCUACAGUCCUCUACGUACUUCUCGGGGCUCAGUGGUGGCUCGUGGCUUGUGGGCUCGAUCUACGUGAAUAAUUUCACCAGCGUGCAGGCGAUACAGAAUGACAACACGAGCAACUUAUGGAAUCUGGAGGACUCCAUCAUUCAAGGGCCUUCAACGGUUUCCAACUACUAUGCACAGCUCCUUCGCGCUGUAGAGGGAAAAACUGACGCUGGGUUUAAUGACUCAAUCACCACGACUCGUCCGGCCGCUCCGAAUUUCUUCGUCGAGGGCAAGAGCGCUCAAGGACGAGCUGAUGUGGCAAAGAGACAAGCCCUUAUUGAUGGAGCAAUGGGAGCCCGAGCCAUGCACCAGCUCCAGAAUUACAAAGCUGAGGAGCCAAAAUAUGACAACAAAGCACGUAGCUUUUCCGCUACCUACCACGUGGGGACCGGCACACUUCAGCUUUAUGCGCACCAUCUCACCAAGCCUCUCACUCCUGGAGGGGAGCCAGAGAGUCAUAUGACUCAGACGCGCUCCUUCGCGAUGACAGACACAGCAGAACGGUUUCGGGGAGUCGAUGGAGAGACCUUCAGACCUCUCCAGGCAAUCUCAAAGCGUGCAGGGCUCGGGACGAGGUCGUCAAACACGUCCAAUGGUUGA